AUGGAUGAAUGGAUGGAUGGCAUGGGCCAGGUGGUAGGUGCAGGUGCCCUGGAAGUGGGUUGCGGCCCCAUCAAAGGUGAGGUAAUGAGGAUCUCCAGUGGCCACACAGGUGCCCAAGGGGCUCUGGCAGCCCAGCCGGCCACCCUGCCGACCACAGAUCUCCCCAGUGGGGCAGCACGCCGGGCUUCAGCGGAAAUGCCCCGUUCCGUCACAGCUGCAGCGGCGGGUGCAUUGGUUCAGCCAGACCAGGAGGGGCCGCCGUGCGAGGAGCCGCACUCCUUCGGUUGCCCGCACCUGGCCCCUGCCCACAGGUGCGCGUUGUCGCAGGCGCAGCCCUCGGAGCAGGCAGGGCCGCCGCGGGGACGCAGAGCUGCACUCGGCGCGGGUCCAAGCGUUGCUGGUAGCUGCUGUGCUUCGGCCACGUGGCGGCUGCGCAGGGAGGAGAAAAAGCGCGGGUGGACCUGGGUCCCAUUAACCUGGACAGACACCUCUGAGAUGAGCGUAACGGGGCUGCUGGAUCUGUUCUCCUUUCCCAGCUGUACCCUGAAGAACGGCAGUGAGCCAGAGGAGCCACAGGAUUCAGCAAAGACGGACACACAGAGCCCAGCUCACAGCAAACCUCAAUGGAUAUUUGUUGGAAGAAUUAAUGAAUGUGUUGAAGCCUUUUCUAUAACACAUAUUUGUUCAACUUUGGCAUCCACUACACGCCAGGAACAUCCCAGGGCCCAGCAAUGACCAAGACAGAGAUCCCUGACCUCAUGAAACAGAUGUUCUAGUGCAGACGUUGACAAGCUUCACCCCUGGGCCCAAAUCUGGCCCUCCACCUGUUUUGGUACAGCCUACAA